AUGGGGGGGGAUGAAGGGACCCCGGGCCAGGCCGAGGCUGGGCAAGACCAGGCUCGGCUAAGAAGCGGACCCACCCCCCGCCGCCGCGCUCCAGAACGACGCGGAAAUGCAUCCAACUAUAGAAAAUCUGGUUUAGGUACAGCCCAGCGGAAGAAAAGUGGCUUGAAACCUGAACUAACAGAAGAGCAAAAGCAAGAGAUCAGAGAAGCUUUUGAUUUGUUUGAUACUGAUGGAUCUGGAAGCAUCGAUGUAAAAGAACUGAAGGUUGCGAUGCGUGCUUUAGGCUUUGAGCCAAAGAAGGAAGAAAUUAAGAAAAUGAUAGCAGAUAUUGACAAAGAAGGAAGUGGCACCAUUGACUUUGAAGACUUUUUGGCUAUGAUGACACAGAAAAUGAGUGAAAAGGAUUCAAAAGAAGAAAUCUUGAAAGCUUUCAGAUUAUUUGAUGAUGAUGGGACAGGAAAAAUUUCAUUCAAAAACUUGAAAAGGGUUGCAAAGGAGCUGGGAGAAAAUUUAACAGAUGAAGAACUUCAGGAAAUGAUUGAUGAAGCUGAUCGAGACGGGGAUGGAGAAGUAAGUGAGCAAGAAUUUUUGAGAAUCAUGAAGAAAACUAGCUUAUAUUAAUAUUUGUUGCCUUGCUGUACAGCUGCUCCAAAAGAUAACCUGGAAGGACUUACGUUGGGCUUGUCUCCUCCAUAUCUGCUAUAGAAGGAAAGUCUAAAGGACGAAUUUUUUUGUUCAUUAUUAUUCUUCUUUGGCAAAGUUAAUUGGGGAAGGGGGGCUUCACUACCCAGAGCUUGUUAAAAAAUGAGAGACUGGAGAAGUGAAAAGGAAGGGUGAACUGAACCCACAAGGCAGUAUCCUUUCCCCCACCCCUAAACAAUGUUAUUAAUUAGAUAAAAAUGCACUCUUUCAGCUAUUCAGCUAUUUAGCUGAAAGAUUUCCCUUGAGAUGUAAAGAUUCCCCUGCUGCUGGGAAAGGCCACUUUUGACUUUCCAAAGGCUAAAGGAUGAAGGUACAAGCACAGUAUUUUUAUUCCUUUUAAGACUUUGAGGUUAUCUUUUGGUAUUUUUCUCCUUUUGUUUGUCUGUGAAAGACUCAAACCAGUUGCCUAUCUGUCUGCAUUUCUGUAUGGAACACUGCUUUCCCAUGGCAAGCUGGUUUUGGACCUCAUGGGAAGCAAAUACAGAUGACUGGAUUUGGUUCUCCAUUUGGAGCUUGUGCCCUCAGUUUUUAUUAAGUCGUCUGAAACCUACUUUACUUGAAUGUAACCUGCUUGGAUUAUCAAAGCUGAUUGUAUAACCCAUCAACAUCUUGUGCCAUUGAUCUUUCUCCCAAGACAUUACAGAGCUGCUGUUGUGCCAGGAUUUUAGGUACCUACAAGGUUCAGUUCUGUGGUACACUGGGGUAAAUCUGGUCCUUGGCUGCUACCAGCCAAGUUGCAGGGAGGAGUUGCAUCUGAAGUGACAAAAUAGCUCACCGGGGACAUUUGUGGAACACCAAAUAUAUUUAGAUCCACACAAUCCAAAUUCAUUUCAGACAUAACAGGAUUGGGUUUGGGUUUUUUUAGGAGUUCCUUCAUUUUCUUGAUUGUUUCUUGCAUAGACUGUCAAUCUGGGACUUACUGGAGAGCCACAUUUCCGUCUGUGUCAUGGUAACAGAGCAGUGACACACAACACAUCAGACUGAGGUUCUGCAGGAAGGUUUGUCCUUGGGUCUUGACUGACUAACAGUCAGCUUCAGAACUGCAGGGAAAAGGUAGAAUCCUAAGUUACCUCUCAGUCUCUAAUAAGGUGCCUGAAGGAGAGCUUGUUACUGCUGACAGGGAAGUGUCCAGUAGGUAACAAAGUGUCAGAAGGGUUCAGUGUGAAGAAGACGGAAAGAACAGCAUUGCACCAGGGUCUGUUAAGAUCUCCCUUUCCUUCAGGCAGCUUUUUUUCUGCUGCUUGACAGCACUGAUGAGCAGAAAGGAUGAGCCAGCUGCUGGGUUUGCUCCUGGCUGCAGCUCUCAUGAGCUGUCAGGGCCUGGCACAGGGAGGAUUAAUUUCAGGAGCAGAAAGGAGAAGUGUUCAUUUACCUGGCUGCUUCUCCACAUGUCAGGUCUGCCCAAGUCCACAAAAGUUUGUGCUCUGAACACACCCCUCUAAACAGACCCUUUCUAGCCUGAACAGAAGUAGGUUCAAACCUGUUGUUGCACUUGAAACCUGGGAAUGCCCUUAUUAACACAUUCAGUGGCAGCAGAUGUAACCCAUAGUACUGUACACGUUUUAAAAUGUCCAUUAACUUUGUAUAAGUGUGAAA